AUGACGCAGCAGCACGUGGCCUUUGCAGCUUGGAAGGACGUCGCAGUAGCCUCACGCCACGAGCUCGAGAAGACAGACCAGCUGCGGAGGAGCACAGACGUGCGGCUUCAUCAAGCUGACCUGCUUCUGCAGAUGCACCAACCGGAUCUACCCUUGUGUGUGACCUUUGAGGCUUGGAGGAGCGCGGUUGCAGUCGAGCGCCAUGUGCGUGAAAUGCAUCGCCUCAAUGGUCAAGCCGACAGGCACCUCCAGCAGGCGGACGCAAUAGUUUCGUUCGACGUGCGCAUGGCGCUGCAGCGCGUGGCCUUUGCAGCUUGGAAGGACGUCGCAUUAGCCUCGCACCACGAGCUCGAGAAGAGGGAACAGCUGCAAACGAGCACAGACAUGCGACUUCAUCAAGCUGACCUGCUUCUGCAGAUGCACCAGCCAGAUCUGCCCGUGUGCGUGAUAUUCGAGGCCUGGAGGAGCGCAGUUGUAAUCGAGCGUUUGGGGCGUGAGAGCCAGCGUUUGGACGGUCAAGUCGACAGGCACCUGAAGCAAGCAGAAGGAUUGGCAUCUGUCGAAAUGCGGAUGGCGCAGCAGCGCAUGGCGUUUGCAGCUUGGAAGGAUCUUGCUGCAGCUGCGCACCACGACGCCGACAAGAAAGAUCAGGUGCAGAGGAGCGCAGACGUACGGCUACACCAAGCUGAUGUGCUACUUCAAUGGGUCCAGCAGGAUGCGCCCUUGAGAACGAUCUUCGCGGCCUGGAGGAACGUGGCUACAUCUGAACUCCAUGUGCGUGACAUGGAGCGCCUGAAUGGUCAAGCCAACAGGCACUUGCAGCAGGCAGGCGCAAUAGUUUCGGUCAACGUGCGGAUGACGCUGCAGCACGUGGCCUUUGUAGCUUGGAAGGACGUCGCGGCAGCCUCGCACCACGAGCUCGAGAAGAGGGAACAGCUGCAAACGAGCACAGACGUGCGACUUCAUCAAGCUGACCUGCUUCUGCAAAUGCACCAACCAGAUCUGCCCGUGUGCGUGCUUUUUGAGGCUUGGAGGAACGCGGUAGCAGUCGAGCGCCAUGUACGUGAGAGGGAUCGCUUGAAAGGUCAAGCUGACAGGCACUUACAACAGACAGACUCGGUAGUGUCGGUUGGAAUGCGGAUGGCGCAACAGUGCAUGGCGUUUGCAGUUUGGAAGGACAUGUCAGCAAUUGCUCGCAAUGAGCUUGAGAAUGAGAAGUGGCGAAGGAGUGCAGACGCACGGUUGCAGCAAGCUGACUUGCUACUCCAGCUGUGCCAGCAGAAUGUGCCCAUGAGGGCGAGUUUUGAGGCUUGGAGGGGCGUGAUUGCACUCGAGCGCCAUGGGCGCGAGAUCCAGCUUCUGAAUGGCCAGGCUAACCAGCAUUUGCAACAGGCAGACACGGUGCUGAAAGCUGGCAUGCGAGAUACAGUGCGGUUGAUUGUUCUGGCAGCGUGGAAGGAGCUCGCAGUGGCUAGACAGUACGACGAGGGAAUCAGCCUUGUGACAGACAUGCGCCUUCAGCAGGCUGACCUGCUCCUUCAGAUGUGCCAACCAGACUCUCCGCAGAGACCAUGCUUUGAAGCCUGGCGAGAUGUGACUGCACACGAGCUUCGUGGGCGUGAGGCAAAGAGAUUGGUAGACAAGACGGCUCGGUGCUUGCACCAGACAGCAGUGGUUCUUGCGGGUGACGAGAGGAGGGCGUUGCUGCAAUGCUGUGUGGCAGCUUGGAGGCAGGUCGCAGCUGCUGCCCGUCACGGACACGAGAAAGACAAGUUAAUCGGGCACGCAGACAGGCGCUUGCAGCUAGCAGGCAUUCUCCUGUCCCUGGGUCAAAGAGAAGCGCCAUUGAUAGUAUCAUUCGUUGCAUGGAGAAGCCGCAGCCGUGUCAGCGCUGCACGGACGUGA